AUGGCUACUAGUAGUUCCAAGAGAGAUUCAUCUUCUUCUUCUUCAUCUCGAUGGCACAAUUUUUCCACGAGAAUUUCAACGUCUUUAGCUUCAGCUUUACUCGAAUGGCUAUUGAUCCUUUUUCUCUUUACUAGCGCUGUUUUCUCUUACGUUAUUACUAAAUUCGCUUCUUACUGUAAACUGAAAGCACCGUGUUUAUUCUGUUCAAGAAUCGAUCAUGUGUUAGGUGUUUGUGAAACUUGCAUAUUGUCUGCUGCGAAUGCGAAUCCUGAGAGUUCUAAAUUAUUAGUGGAAGAUGAAUCUGGAUCUGUGUUUACGAGUGAACGGGGACACUGUUCUUGUUGUAGUGAGAGAUUUGUUAUGAAUUGUUAUGAAUCGAGGACUCGGUCUAGGGUUGUUGAUUUUGAUGUCGUGGAUGAUGUUGAAGUUGAGAAAAUAAGUGCGAAAUCGGUUGGAGAUUGCGCGGAUCCUCUGUCGCGUGUAGGUUAUACUGAACUUAAGAUUAGUUCUGAUACUGAGUCUCAAUAUGAAGUUGCUUUGUUAGAUAAUGAGGGUGUAAGUGUACCGGUUCAUGGAAGAGAUGAUACUGAGGAAGAUGUAAGGGUUCCGUGUGAAUAUGUGGAGCUUUGCAGUGUUGAUGAUUCGAAUGAGGAUCUGACUUCCGGGAAGCUUGGGACUUCGGCUUCUGUGUUUGAGCCGUUGUUGUCGGAAUCAAGAAUGCAAGUAGAAAAUAUACACGUUGAUGGUAUCAAAACUGCAGCAGCAGCAGCGGAAAGUGGGAACGGUUUGACAGAACUUAAAUGGCAGAAGAUUGAAAGAAGUGCUGUUUGUCCCUCCCCGAGUGAGGCUACUCCCUUCAAUGAUGUUCCUACAUUAUCGAGUAAAAUCGGAGUGCCUGUCGAAGUAUCAAAGGAAAAUGAUGAUUUUAGAAACGAUGAAGAGGGAUUAACGUCUAAGCAAGGACCCACUGUGGACAGUGAAGAAAAUAUUAAUUCAGGCAAUAAGCUAAUAGCAUCUGAAGGAGGUUUAGAAUCAACCCUUGUUUCUAGUGACAUUGGUCAACAAAAUCUGAAUUCACUUGAUCUUGGGGAUGCUUAUAAGCUAGCUGUCGGUAAUAGAGGAAGACAGUUGUCUGGCAUGCUUGCAGAACAUUGGCUCUGGAAAGAUUCAUCAAGAGUUAAUGAAGAUUUGAAGAUAUUAAUGUCACAAUUCUCUGCCACUCGAGGGACUGAUAUGUCUUUUAGUGAUAUCAGUCCUAGGUUGUCUAUAAAUAGCGAAGAAGCAAAGAGUUCUGAUGUUUCCAACUCAACUGGAAUGCAAAUACUUCAAAAAAUGAUUUCGCUUGAGCGGAAUGAGUCUGGUUUGUCUCUGGAUGGAAGCAUUGUCGGUGAAAUUGAAGGUGAAAGUCCGGUUGACAAGCUUAAAAGACAAGUUGAUCAUGACAGGAAACUUAUGAAUGCUUUGUAUAAAGAGCUGGAGGAAGAAAGAAAUGCUUCUGCAAUUGCUGCAAGUCAAGCUUUAGCCAUGAUCACUAGACUGCAGGAAGAAAAGGCAACAUUACAUAUGGAAGCCUUGCAGCACUUAAGGAUGAUGGAUGAGCAAUCAGAAUAUGAAAUGGAAGCUUUGCAAAAUGCUAACGACCUUCUUGCUGAGAAGGAGAAGGAGAUAGAAGACUUGGAAGCGAAGGUUGAGUUUUAUAGGAACAAUUUCCCUAAUGAAAUGUUGUUGGAGAACACAGUGGAGAAAAACUCUGAAAUGAAGGUGAAAGAUAUUGGAUUGGAUCAUUCACAAUGUACUUUCGUUGAAAAUAAUGAAAGUGUCCCUGAAAAACCAGUUGCUGAAAAUCCUAAUAUCUAUGACAAAACUGACAUUCUACUCACGUCUGCGAAGGAAAAGAAUAUCCAAUCUGUAAAAAGUUCGAUAAUGGAGUUUCAAGACGAAAAGCUAUAUAUUUCCCAACGUUUGAAGAAGUUGGAGAAACAAGUAUACUUUUUUCUGAAUACUCACCAUUCUCAGGAUAAUUUGCCAUAUUCUGAAAAUGUUGGUAACGAAUAUCCAGAAAACUCUGAAAAGUUGGACAAUAAUCUUCUAACAGAGGAUUCUCUUUUGUCGUUUAAAUUAAAUUCAGAUGCCACGAUUGAUGACCCGUCAUCCAAGAAGCUUCCGGUUUGCAAGCAAAAUGGUGAAACUGAAUACUCCGGAGGUUGUUCCCCUGUUCUCUUUGAAAAUAACGAUUUAGCUUCUACUAGAAGUGUGGUUUCCGAUUUUAUGGAAAGGUUACAAGCUCUUGAGGCAGACCAUAGUUUCCUUGAGCAUACUAUCAGCUUACUGAGUGAAGGAGGUGAAGGAAUUAAGUUAUUGCACGAAAUAGCUGACCGCCUGCAGCAAUUACGCAAGAUCGGGAUCAGGGAAAGGGAUCAUCCUGUCGCUUGA